AUGUUGCAAGAUAAUGUGCAGCAAGCGAAGCACAAAAAGGGUCAUGAGGAUUUUACACUUCUUGCGAAUGCUAAGCCGAUCCCUGCUUAUUAUCCACUGACCUACGAGCAGUUCCUCGAAUUUAUCAACUCUCACAAGGUCGGCAGGCAUGAGGUCUCCGAUUGCACGCUUUCAACCACGGUUCUGGAGGCAUUAACACCCAGUGAAAUAGUCGAUUUGAAGGCUCUGUUUGAGCAACAGGACUCAAACGGUGACGGUCUACUCACUCUAAGUCAGUUCAAGCAGGCUCUGUCCAUUCUCAGUCUGUCAGUGGAGAGAGAACUUCAAGAAACGCUCUAUCAGCUCUACUGCUCGCCGGGAGGUCUCUUAGAUAUCGACGGAUUUCUGAGCACUGUUACAAGGUUACAGGACACAAAACACAACAUAAUGGAUGCGAUCCGAGCAGUCUUUAGUCGAAUGCUCAUGGCCCCACCCCAACUUCAAAAUAACCCCUUAAAUUUAAAGGAUGACAACGGUCUGUCGGCAUAG